GAUCUGUUUUGAUUACAGCUGCAAAAAUGUUUGACCCCUUAGGAUUGAUCUCGCCUAUAACUUUAAAAGCAAAGCUACUGUUUCAAGAAUUGUGCUUGUUGAAAACAAAUUGGGAUGAUGAGCUCAACCAAGAACACACUCGGAUUUGGAAAAGAUGGUUACUGGAUCUCGACAAAACAAAUUCUAUCGCUGUACAAAGAUAUAUGUUUGCUGAAGGAAAGGAGAUCAUUUACAAUAUAGAUUUGCAUGGUUUUGCUGACGCAUCUACGAAAGCUCUUGGUGCUUGCGUAUACGCAGUUUAUACAACAGAAAGCGGAGUCAAAUUGAGUACACUUGUCACAGGAAAAUCAAGAGUUGCUCCGGUUAAAGGGAUUUCAAUACCUCGGUUGGAGUUAACUGCAGCAGAAAUACUGGCCAAACUUAUGUUUAGGGUCAAGGAAUCUCUUGAAGGAAGUCUUGUUAUUGGAAAGAAAUAUUAUUGGACUGACAGUCUAAAUGCAUUGUACUGGAUAAACACAACUAAGGAUUUAAAGCAGUUUGUUGAUAACAGAGUCAACAAGAUCAAAUGCUGUAGUUUGCCUGGAGAGUGGAGAUUUACACCAGGUGUUGACAAUCCUGCCGAUAUUGCAUCUAGAGGAGCAUAUGCUUCCUCUUUAGAGGGGAAUGAGAAGUGGUUUCAGGGACCUGCAUGGCUCAGGCUACCUGAGCAUACCUGGCCACCCUCUCCGGAAAAAUUUGAACCUGGCAAGGAUGCGUUAAUUGAAACGAAGCCUAACUGUGAGUUUACUUUGCUGACCAAACUGGAAACUAACGGAAAUUUAUCUACUGUUAUCGAUGUUAGGAAUUUCAGUAAUUACAAUAAAUUGCUGAGAGUAACAGCCCUUGUAAUGCGAUUCAUUGACAAUCUAAAGGCUAAAGUUCGCGGAUCAGAAGUCAUAGUUAACGGUUCAAAUGACUACGAGGGAAUCAUAACAGUUGGAGACGUCGAUAACACACGGAAAUUAUGGAUUUUGGAAAUUCAACGUUAUAUCACAUCGGACAAGCGUUACGGUGACUGGGAAAAGAAUCUUGGUUUGUUUGUUGAUGCAGAAGGAAUUGUCAGAUGCAAGGGACGAUUCAGAAAUUCUGAAAUGGCCUACGGAGAGAAAUAUCCUGCGAUUUUGCCAAAGGAUCAUGAUGUUACAAAGUUAGUUGUUAUGGAUUGUCACAGAGGUGUUUUGCAUGGUGGUGUAAAUGACACGUUGGCAGAGGUAAGAGAGAAUUUUUGGAUUGUUAAGGGUCGUCAAUUCGUUAAGAAAAUAAUCAAAGAUUGUACCAAAUGUCGAAGAUUUGAAGGGCAACACUAUGCUUUGUCUCCUGUGUCGGAUUUACCUAAUUUUAGGACGGAAGUUGCUCCUGCAUUUUUGAAUGUAGGCUUAGAUUUUGCGGGACCAUUGUUUGUCAAAGAGCAUGGAAAAAAUUCUUCUUCUAAGGCCUAUAUUCUGUUGUUUUCAUGUUGUGUUUCAAGAGCAAUCCACCUUGAAGUCGUACCUGAUUUAACAGUUGAAUCAUUUCUUCUUGGCUUGCGUAGAUUUAUGUCUAGAAGGGGUAUUCCGAAGUUACUUUUGUCUGACAAUGCAAAAACAUUUAAAACUGCGAGUAUUCUUGUGAAGAAAAUCCUUGAAAUUGCUAAAACUGCAAAGGUUCGUGAAUUCUUGUUAGAUCAUUCUAUGAGUUGGAGGUUUAUUUUAGCUAAAUCCCCAUGGUGGGGAGGGUUUUAUGAAAGGAUGGUGAAAGAAAUUAAAAGGCCCUUGCGGAAGGUUCUCGGAAAUGCUUGUUUAAAUAUCGAUGAACUUACAACCGCUGUUGUUGAGGUUGAAUCGUGCUUAAACUCAAGACCAUUGACGUAUUUAACGGAAGAAGAUAUUGUGCAGCCAUUAACCCCCUCUCAUCUGAUCUGUGGCAAAAGAAUCCAUCAUUUACCUGAUGUAACGGAGCUCACACCAGAGGGAAAUCAGCUGACUACCCAACUGGCCUCAAAGAGGAUGCAACACAUGUCGAAACUUUUACAACAAUUUUGGCAAAGGUGGCAGAGGGAAUAUUUGCGUGGCCUACGUGAACAGCAUCGAGUAUCUACGAGAAAGGUAGGAUCUUUCCAUAUUUCUUUGGGAGAUAUUGUCACGAUUCGAGAAGAUCACAUCCCACGAUCGCAAUGGAGAUUAGGGAAAGUAACCAAGCUUAUUUGUGGUAAAGAUGAACACAUAAGGGGUGCACGCUUGAAGGUUAUUUCGAAACAAGGGAAAAUUUCUGAAAUCGAACGCCCCCUACAGGCACUGUUUCCACUCGAACUUUGCGACAAAAAUAGGGUACCGGAUGUUGACAUUUCUAACUCAAGUCCCACUGGGGGAGAACAAUGGAAAGCUGGACAGUCUAGACCUAUUGAACCCGGUAGACCUGUUAGACCGAGAAGACAAGCAGCCUUGAACGCAGAUACUAUUCGUAGAAUUUUAGACUCUAAAUGAUUACAUAUUAUUCGUUGUUGAUCCCCAUCUGGAUCAAGGUGGGGAGUGUGUUAUGGAAUUUGGACUCUAGUAUAAUAAAGUAUUUUAAUCUCUCGGUUAUGUUGCGAAAUGGACGCGUUAUUAAAAUUUAUUAUUCCGCUGACAGCGCUUGUGUAUGUAGCAACGUGUUAGAUUAGAUUAGGUAGAGUUCGGAACGAAGGGUAGAGAACGGACGUGCGUAACAGCACGAGAGGAAUACGGUCUUAUCAGCAUUAGGAAAUACAGAACGAGGGCCUAGCCCUACAUGAAAAUAGGAAUUAUAUUCUAUCUUUAUACAUAUUUGAUAUAGCGAGUAUUUGCUGCAAAUGAAUGGAACCGGCUUUUUAGUUCUUGAUGCUUGCAGUUAUAAAAAUUUUUCAAAUCGAAAAGUUCUUUAGGGAUUUCGUUUUUAGUAGUAUAAGUUCUUUAAAUAUUUCGGCCUUCUAGAUGUAGGCUCCUUAUAAAGUGGUUCCUUAUAAAAAAGAAAGUCUAUACUAUCAAGUCAAAUGCACCCGACUCCCAUAGGGGUAUGGGGCUACACGAUAAAAUUUCAACAGGGGUGCUCAUGUUUUUCUUUUGGGGUCAGAAUUUGACAAAUUGAUAUUUUUUGGUUUCUGAAAGUGAUGGUGGUUUUUCGGAGGUUUAGAAAUUAUUUUUCAACAAAUGAAGAAUUUUAGCCAAACAUUAGGGCACUUUUUGGGUUUCAAAUCUUUGCGUUGUUUUUGGGGGCUAGAAUUUUAGGCCUGCUAUUUUUUGGUAAGACAAGAUUCCCUCAAAGGAGCACCCCUAUCCGAAAACACACU